UGACGGGAGUCUGGCGACUCGGGAAUCCUGGCCAACAUGGCCGCGUUUUAUCGCUACUCGUGCUUAUGGCACGGUUGCGGCAAAAAUUGUACCUCUUUGCUUGAUCUUAUAGACCACAUCGAGCUUGUACAUAUAGAGAAAGACCCUAGGAAACUAGAACAACAGGAAUCAUCACAGCCGACUGCAAUACCGCUGUCCUAUAUCAACUCGUUCUUCACCGAAGCAGCUCGGCGAGCUCAGAAAAAUGAACAAGCAUUACCGUCUAGCGACCUUACACCUACAAUUACUGAACAUUUUUUAAAGCGGAAAAAGUCUUCGCCUCCUACAUUGGCUUUUCCAGUGAUUGGUAAAUCAGAGUCGUUCGAGAUAACCGAAGAAGAUGGAAAUAUGAGUGAUAACAGUGACGAUUCUUUGAGUAGCACCGAUCAUAGCUUUCCUAGUGACCUUAUUAUGAAAGCUGUACCUAUGGACGAGGGAGAAGGUAAACGAUACGUUUGUCCGAUGCCUGGCUGUGGUAAACGUUAUAAGAACGUUAAUGGGAUUAAAUACCAUGCCAAAAAUGGGCACCGAAACGAGCAUCGACCCAAAAAGCAGCAUAAAUGUCACUGCGGUAAAAGUUACAAAACCCAAAACGGACUACGACACCAUAUGACAAAUCACCAUGCCGCAACAACUUUCCCAGCUGAACUAUCGUAAAAGUAUUUAUUGUGAUUUCUUAAAGCUGUGCCUAGGGUCAAUAUGAUGGAAAGGAAACAUAUCUUUGCAAGGUAAACCUAGAAAGUGGUACAUGACCUUUUGGAUAUCGUCAGCUGAUAUGGCGACGGCGCCUGUCGUGCGUUUCAAUGGUUUUCGAUUCAACACAUGAAACGUACAAUGCUACAUGAUUCACAAUCAUUUACACAGCUUGAAACUUGAUGAUUCUAUUCCAAUUCCCAAUGUACGAAGUAAUUUAUUCUCAUUCAAGAAUGGUAUUUUGUCGUUGUUCGGUUAUGUGUUGUGUCAAAUAGCGAUGGUCUUUGUCGAGUUUACGAGCUGUUGACCAAUGUACAGCGUGCAUGUCAAAUUAUUCGUCCGAGUGCGUACACAAGUACAUUAGUUUAGGCUAGAAGAGACUUCUUGGUGUUCUGGUCGAUGUAUGCUAUCUCUGCUCUUCUGUGGAUUAGCUUUAAUCACAGAGAAAAGUUGAAGAUCAAAUAAAAAAAUAAUGAUCUCCAGAAACAAAAACAAAAAGAGAAAAAGUUUAUUUGAAUUUUAACAGUGAAUGAUGAGGUGACAAUGACGGAAAAGUAGCUAUUUUUCUUAACACAACAAACAGCUGUUUCUAUAAGCUUGAAUUCUCAAGUUUCAUAUCAUAUCCAGCUACUUAGGUUACAUAAUCAGUAAAACAAAAGGUCAAGUAUUUGCUGAGACUCCUAAGAAUUAUUUAAUUGUACAGUAGGUUUCUGGUUCAUUUCGUGCCAGUGCUUUAGGAGAAUAUGGUAAUACUAAGCAAUUCUUAAUUACCAGUUAAAGCCACUCUAUCCUGUCAACCACAUCAUGCAGGAAAAAGCAGUGCAUUUCUCUAAUAAUAACCUUAUAAAUGCCUCGUACCCAGGCGUCUUAAGUCAGUAGAAAAACAAGUGCCACAUACCACUGCCACGGAACGCAAUUCAAGACUAGUGAGCACAAUGAAUAAUGGGAAGGUUUAGCGCUGACGCAGAGGAUCAAGGGAAGGCUCAAGCUCCCCUGCAUGUUAGUCCGGUCACCCAUUAAGUGCCUGGGUAUGAGGAAGACCUUAUCAUGUAAACUUAGGCCAUAUUCGUGCAUCCUACUCCUGCUGUGCAAAAUCUUAUUUCUUGUAUUAGGCACGUGAAUAGUUAAACAUUGAACCAGUUUUGCUGCACUUAAUUCUGAUACACAUAUUCGAUUUGAUCUGGCACGGUAGAAGUGUGAUGUACGAAUCGGCCUUACUAGGGAAUAAGCAAAGUACUAUUUUCGUUUCUUCUACUCAGCCCUCACUUUGUGUGUUAUAUAGUAUUUAUGAGGUGGGUUGAUAUUCACUUGGGAGGUACCAAACCAAGGUACCAAUCACUAAGUUAUUAGAAUUAUUUAUAGAGUAUCUAUCAUAUAUUGUGCUAGUUUGUGAGUACCCAAAAUUAUGAGUGGUAGAAAAACAAAACUGAUGUUAACCUUAUAGAAGUAGAUUAAGUGAGUAGGUAAAAUAUAUCUUCCCCAAAACCAGUGCAGACAAUUUGCAAGUAUGUUUUUUGGAUAGGAGUGUUUGUGAGGGUUGUAACUAGUCAAGUAUCAGCUCUUAACAAAAACAUUUUGCCUCUUUAUAUUAGUAGUAAUAUUCUGCUUAUAAGGCUCUAUUUCCAGCCAUCACCCCUGUGGGCUAAAAGAAACAAGCCGAAAAUCAAGCCUUUGUGCUCUUGCACUCUUCACAAACUGUGAUCUUUAAUGUUGAAAGUGAAAUUAAAACAGAAAAAAUA